CGCAUAGAAAAUACUGCAUAGUAGGCGAUAUGAAGGGAGUAUGUGUUGGAGUAUGGGGACUUAAAUGGACGCAAAACACAAAUCGAAGAUGAAGAAGUUCACCCUAAAGGGGGUGCUUGAUGGCAUUAGGUCAUCUGUGAGUGCACCCCCGAAAUUUGAGAAUGAAGUCGAGGAGACAUUGAGAACGGACCACUUUCAAGUUUGCAAGACCGUUCGUCAUGGGUUUCCUUAUCAACCGACCGCGGUUGCAUUUGAUCCAGUUCAACAUCUUUUAGCGAUUGGAACGAAAACAGGUUCUUUGCGGAUAUUAGGGCGACCAGGUGUGGACAUCCAUUGUAGCCAGGAUGGAGAUAUAGCCAUUACACAGAUACUCUUCCUUGUCAAUGAGGGUGCACUUGUCACAGUAUGCAAUGAUGAUAGCUUGCACUUAUGGAAUUUCCGUCAGAAGCGACCAGAAAUUGUGCAUACCCUUAAAUUUCAGAGAGAGAGGAUCACCUACUGCCACCUGCCAUUCCAGAGCAAAUGGCUGUACAUUGGGACGGAAAGAGGCAAUGUACACAUCGCCAACAUCGAGUCCUUCGUCCUAUCAGGCUAUGUCAUCAAUUGGAACAAGGCUAUUGAACUAUCAAGGAAGACUCACCCUGGUACAGUGGUACAUCUGAGUGAUAGCCCUGUAGACCCCAACAAGCUUUUGAUUGGAUUUGAGACUGGUGCUAUUGUGUUGUGGGAUCUCAAAACCAAGAGUGCAGAAUGUCGCUACACAGCCCCUGAGGCCCUGCGGUCCAUAUCCUGGCACCAUGAAGGGAAGCAGUUUAUGUGCAGCCACACAGACGGUAGUCUCACCACAUAUAACUUGAAAUGUGCCACCAAGCCUGUCAGUCUCAUGAUGCCCCACGCCAAAAUUGGCAAGGAAGGAAAGCCUGACCCAUGUAAGCCUAUCACUAAAGUGGAAUGGAAGUCUGCCAGAAAUGGUGACCUGCUAGUAAUAUUCUCGGGUGGUAUGUCGUACGACCGAGCAGGCCGCACCCCCAGUAUAACCGUGAUGAAUGGCAAGAGUACCACAGUCCUGGAAAUGGAACACAAUGUGGUCGACUUUGUGGUGCUUUGUGAAACACCCUGGCAUAAUGAUUUCCAGGAGCCGUAUGCCAUAGUGGUACUACUACAGAAUGACUUAGUGGUGGUCGAUCUCACCAGUCCAGGGUACCCCUGUUUUGAGAACCCGUACCCUAUGGACCUACAUGAAUCACCAGUGACAGCUUGCCAAUACUACGCUGACUGUCCACCUGAUCUCAUACCUGCAUUUUAUUCUGUAGGCUCCAAACACAAACGAACGGGAUUUAGUGAAAAGAACUGGCCGGUGAAAGGAGGCGAGUGGGGAACGACAACGUGUAGCUAUCCAGAAAUACUGAUCACGGGGCAUGCUGAUGGUUCUAUGAAAUUCUGGGAUGCUUCAUCAGUGACAUUACAAGUGUUGUACAAGUUAAAAACUGCCAAAAUAUUUGAAAAACCAAAAUUCAAGCAGACAGAAGGACAGGAUGAUGACCCGUUUGCUAUCUAUUUGAUUCACCUGUGCCAGGAGAGUCGGAUGUUGUGUGUGGCAGGAGCUACUCAUGUGAUUCUCUUCAAAUACUCGAAACAGGAAAUCACAGUUGAUGUUGUAGGAUUAGAUAUCUCCAUUAUAUACGAGGUGUAUGAUGACCUAGACUCUCCCGACUACGACUACCCCAAACCCAGUUUGGCGGUGGUGAGCCAACAACAGCACAGUGGUAGUAUGGGUUCCUACUCAAGUAACACAUCAGACAGCGUCAAAGUAAGUAACAAAAUAGAGACGGGCACAUCAUUAAAGGUGCGGCCGGGCAGCAAGAAAUACAGUGCAGGCUUCUACCCUGAUCUUGUGUGUCUGCUCAACUGGCUGGACAACGAACACCCGGGCAACAUCACAAAUAUUUCCAUGAACUCUUCCUAUGGUUUACUUGCAUUUGGUAAUGAAUCGGGGCUUGCAAUAAUAGAUUACCUGCAGAAAACCUGUUUGUUAAAUUUGGGGACGCCUGAUUUAUAUGGGUCUAUGGACCCCUAUCAACGGGCUCCCCGGUCCCCUAGGGGCAAAAAGUUUCCCCAGCCAAAUACGGAUGGAUCAGGAACAGAGGACGGGUGUCGAUCACCUAUCAAUGAUCAAUCUAGUCCCCCCUCCAGCCCAAACCCCAACCUAUCAAGAAAGAAAAUACAAUCCCAUCCCGAUGUUGGUCUCACUGCCAUACAGGAGAGUUCUACUCAGGAUAGUGCUCACAAAGAAACUAAAUUUUUCCUUAAAGACAUUGAUUGUGCAGAGAAAGCUUCAAUGGCAGAAGACCUGGACAAUAACAACAAAGAGAUGCUUGCAAACAUGCAGGAUAAAAACAUGCUACAGGAGAUAAAAAACAUCGCUGACGAACCAGUACCCACUAGGCCCCCAAGACAUCGCAGGAUCUCCAUGCCUGACUCGAAACAACAUCUGCAUUUCUCCUUGUUAAAUCCACAUAAAUCAAAUUCAGAGAAUGCAUUGAAGACUGUGCAAAAACAACCAGCCGGUAAAACUCUGUCUGACCCAAGUCGUGUCCGCCAAGCUUUCGAAAUUGUGCAUAAUCAGGACAACAUUCAAAUAAAUCGGGAACGUUCAUGUUCUGACCCUGAAGUGGAAACAACUUCCUCAGUUGAGGUUCCAAAAGAGCAUCACAGACAACGCAAACUUUCAAUGAAGGGAUUUAAAUUCUCCCGAAAGAAAUCAAAAGUCAAACCCCCAAAUCUUAAUGAUUUGUCUUUAGCAAAUGCAGAAACUGACCCCCAACCAGACCAUUCAGGGGAUGAAGGUAGUGAUACUGGGGGAGUGAGGGAGGACCCAGACUCCCACGGAGACACGUACGACGUCGACCCCAAUGUACACUCUGGAGGAUUCCUACGUAGGAUGAGUGUUAAGGUUAAAUCCAUAGUGCUAGGCAAGGAAAAUGAGGAGCGGACCCGACCUAAAAUAGAGGUCAUUGACCUCUCCGAUGAUAAAGGAAAGACCGUCAUUCGUCAGAUGUCUGUUCAAGAAAUUUGCCAUGGAGGCGGGAUGGAUAAAUCUGACGGGGCAUCCUUUUCAAGGUCUCGGAGUUCUAGCAUGUCAAGUCUAGAGAAUGUUUCAAGGGAGGCUAUCCAGUCAUUAGUGUUUGCAGAUUCAUAUGCUAGAAAAACAGAUAAUUUUACAAGUCCGUGUUUAUGGGUAGGAACCAGCUUAGGUUCAGUUAUAGUGAUAGUGUUAAAUCUACCUCUACAAGGGGACCAGAGAGGCACACAACCUGUCAUAGUGUCCCCAAGUGGUACGUUAAUCCGACUGAAGGGUUCAGUAUUAACCAUGUCUUUCCUGGACUGUAUGGGAACUUUGAUCCCCACACAGUUUGAACAGUGGCAGGAGAGAAAGGAAAGCAAGGACAAAGAGAAACGAGAUAGAAAUACAACACCUACCACUCCAAAGCCAAGAAUUUCUCCAUCCCCUUCAACAGAAAUCAGUGAUAAACAAUAUGCCAUAAUCUGCUCAGAAAAACAAGCAAGGGUAGUGUCCCUGCCUUCUCAAACCUGUCCAUAUAAGACACGGAUUACAGAUGCCUCCUUUGUGGUGAGGGCAGAUGUGGUCUCUUUACGUGAUAGUGUAUGUUUAGCAUGUUAUAUAGCCAAUGGCCAUAUAACAGUAUUCAGUCUACCCAGCCUUAAGCCUCUUCUUGACUUGGAUUUCCUGCCACUUACCGAUCUCCGGAUUGCCCGAACAUUUGGCUUCAGUAGUAAUGGCCAUGCUUGUUAUUUGUGCUCACCAACAGAGAUCCAGAAAAUCUCCUUUUCUGCUGAUAUAAGUGAUAACCUGAAUGAAAUGUUGGCUGAUUUGUUUUUACCUUGCGAGACGCCCGAAGCUCCAAAACAGGGCUUUUUAAAGAGUUUGUUUGGAGGAGGGACGUCAACCUUGGACAGAGAGGAAUUAUUCGGAGAGAUGAGUGGGAAGGGUCCGCGGGGACUGGCAACACGGUUACCAGGGACUGGGGGCAUGCAGCAUCUACAAACACAGACCACAAGUGCCACAGGAGAGGUCGGAAGGGCACACAAGGCCUUCAUUGAACGUGGUGAGAAAUUGUCAGAUCUUGGUGACCGUUCAGAACAGAUGACAAUGCAGGCAGAGAGCUUUGCAACGGCCUCACAUCAACUCAUGUUAAAAUAUAAAGACAAAAAGUGGUACCAGUUCUAGCACUGACUCAACUUCUCCCUUACCUGAAGGGGAGACAACUCGCAAGAAGCAGAUCUCGCUAUUGUCUGCCAAAUGUUGCUGUACGUUUUGGUUGAAGUUGGGGAUGUUCUUUGGACAAGUUAGUCAUCAACUGUUCAGUCCAGAUUGCUGUGUAAGCAAGCACUGAUCUUACCAAUAUUGUAACUUUAAACAUCACAGAUUCUGUCAAAAUAGCUGGAGGGGCAUUACUUGGUUCCUAGAGGAUAACUAGCUCCAGAGGAAGUGAUCCUAGCAGUGAUUCUCUAGUGUACCAGAAUAAUGCCACUCAGUAAUCUGGAACAGUAGAUGCUCCAAAUAACCAAGGACUCCGAGAUGGAACUGACCAAUGUUAAUGGAUUUGUUCUGUAAAGUCUAGACAACUUGGGAAAAUUUUGGAAGAGGAUGUACUGGGUGACCUUCGUCUUAUUGGCCGAGGAAUAUUCACAGAUGAUGAUGAAAGUAUGGCUGACAGCAAGGUCAGAAGGAUGCAUACAUACCAAUACCAAUGACAGUGCUGGACUUGAUCUACAUAAGACUGCAUGGAGUACAAAUGGGAUUAAUAGACCCAUGAUGAGGAGGUGCAGAACAUGAUUACUGUUGAGAAUCUGUAGAAAGAUACAACACAUUAUCAGAGAAUCUGGUAUUUUUAAGGAUAGUUUGACAGAAAUAUUGCGAAUGAGUGGAAAGAUAGGAAUGAUUUUUUGAGGUGGUGCUGAUAUUGCAAUGUGUUUGGACAUAAGUGGACACUAGAAUGACAGUGUGAAGAAAUAAGUUUGAUAGAGUGGCAUAUUCAUUGUCACUAUAGGGUUUUAAUAUUAAUUUUGUCAGAACCUGGAGCUAAGUUAUCGGGUAUUGUUAUCCCUGAAGCCUACAGAGUAGGUCUGUGAUAGUUUAUAUGUAGUUGUUAAUGGGACCAAAAUGUAUAUCUUUGAAUUGUUGGGCCUUAGUUUUGUCAAAAAGAUUUUAAUUUUGUUAAACUAUUCUUAUUGUGAUGAAAGAUAGCAAUAUUUAUUUGAAAAUUUAUUUUUUGCCACCAAAGCGGCAUUAUCCAUACAUUUUCCUUCUGUUGAUUUACCUGCUUAUGUGAUCGUGAAUACAAAAAGGUUGUUAGAUUUUACAUUAAAUAUCCAUUCCAUAGUGCAAUCCAACUGCAAUCUGAACCAUUUUCUUGGCUAGAAAUGGAUUUCACAGGGAACAAACAGGAGAACAUGCAAUCCACUCAUUAUCUUCUGGUUUAUCAGUUUAUACCAACUGGUUGCUAUUUUUCUAAUUUAUAUUCCAAAGAAAAAAUGACACGGUAAGUUAUAUAAUGGUAUGUUGUUUUCAUGUUAUUAAGCCUAUGUUAGCUGUAGACUGGGAACUACCUGGUAUAUUCUGUAUAGCUGGAUCUAUCAGAUUUGUCUUGAGGUUUUUCAUUACAAACAUAUUUCAUUGUUAUAGUUGUCAUCAUGCACACAUUCCUUUUUCUAUUUGGUAAAAUUCAGAAAUAAAUUUUUAGCAAUCCAUUUCUCCAGUAUGUUUUAAGGUGAAAUUGAUAAGUUCUACAAUAAUUUCCAAGGUACAAGAAAUAUAUUUCUAAAUGAGAAAUGUUUUAUGAUCAGAGCUCUGUGAUUGGUUAAAUCAGUUUGUGUAUGAUUGGUAGCAGAGCUAUGAUUGGUCAGUUUUGAAUUAAACAUUUGUGAAAGCUGUGCCAAAUCUUUUCAAUGUUUCAUUAUUCAGGUUCAUGGCCAAUGAUGUAAAUCUUCAGUGUUAAUAUACACUCAAAAACAAAAUGGAUUCAGUUAUUGUGUACUUCUUGCCAUUUACAGCCUGUCUAAGACCAGAUGGAUUCUCUAGUUAUCAGGCUCGACUUUGUGUCACAUCUUUAAUCUUAGUAAAUAACGUUUAUAGAAAUUUCACAGUAGGUAUUCCAUUUGCUAUAUAUCUAUUAUUAUGCCAUUCCUGAGUCUUUAGAUUUAUUUGGUAGGAGUUUGAGAGAUUUAAGCAGAGGUAAUGUGUUCUACCUGUUGUACUGGUACAGGCUAGACCAGAGUACAGCAGUUUAUUAUUGAGUGGUGUUUCACACGAAUGUGCAAUAACUAUGUUAGAGCAGUUUGCAUUUAAUAUAUAUUUUUUGCAGUUUUUUGCAUGAUUUAUAUCUUUUAGUCACAAAAAGGCAAUGUCAGUUUAUUCCUCUAGCUAUAGAGCUAGAAUAUGAACAAAUGAUAAGAGUUAUUUCCCUUUGAGAUUAAGGCAACAAAACAAAUGAGGAUUUAUCAGUCUAUUAUUGAUAGUUGGGCAGGUGAGGAGAGGUUUAACAUUUGAAAAAUUUGACUGUUGAUAGCAAGAUAGAAAAGGGGAAGAAGAGGGUAACCGAAUACAAUUUGACUGGUGAUAGAAGGACAGAAGUGGGGAGUCUCUGACUGUUGAUAGUGGGACAGAAGUCGGGAGUCUCUGACUGUUGAUAGUGGGACAGAAGUCGGGAGUCUCUGACUGUUGAUAGUGAGACAGAAGUUGGGAGUCUCUGACUGUUGAUAGUGGGAUAGAAGUCGGGAGUCUCUGACUGUUGAUAGUGGGACAGAAGUCGGGAGUCUCUGACUGUUGAUAGUGGGACAGAAGUGGGGAGUCUCUGACUGUUGAUAGUGAGACAGAAGUCGGGAGUCUCUGACUGUUAAUAGUGAGACAGAAGUCGGGAGUCUCUGACUGUUGAUAGUGGGACAGAAGUGGGGAGUCUCUGACUGUUGAUAGUGAGACAGAAGUGGAGAGUCUCUGACUGUUGAUUGUGAGACAGAAGUGGGGAGUCUCUGACUGUUGAUAGUGGGACAGAAGUGGGGAGUCUCUGACUGUUGAUAGUGGGACAGAAGUGGGGAGUCUCUGACUGUUGAUAGUGGGACAGAAGUGGGGAGUCUCUGACUGUUGAUAGUAGGACAGAAGUGGGGAGUCUGACUGUUGAUAGUGGGACAGAAGUGGGGAGUCUCUGACUGUUGAUAGUGGGACAGAAGUGGGGAGUCUCUGACUGUUGAUAGUGGGACAGAAGUGGGGAGUCUCUGACUGUUGAUAGUGGGACAGAAGUGGGGAGUCUCUGACUGUUGAUAGUAGGACAGAAGUGGGGAGUCUGACUGUUGAUAGUGGGACAGAAGUGGGGAGUCUCUGACUGUUGAUAGUGGGACAGAAGUGGGGAGUCUCUGACUGUUGAUAGUAGGACAGAAGUGGGGAGUCUCUGACUGUUGGUAGUGAGACCUUAGCGGGGAGGGUUCAUCUUUAUAAUAAUGGGAAAAGAUGAUAGCUGAACUAGUUAUGAGCUGAAUAAAGUUUGAAAAGGGGGUGGUUUUAUCAUUUAAAAGAUGACACUUAAUGAUAGGAAAUUCUUAAUGAUAGAAAAUUGUGAUAGGUUUAAUAUUACAAGGUAACUGACAUUGCUUGGAAGCUGCUGUGAAACGUUAGAUGGUUUCACUAGUCAUAUAAACAUUGAGGGAUUUACGUAUAUCAGUAUAUGAAAAAAAAAAUUGUAAAUAAAGUUGUGUAAAUACGAUCUGUAUAUCAAAUUUGUACUAUACUGUAUAUAAUGUAAUUUUUAUUAAAAAUGUUUAAAAAAAAAAUAUAGAUAACAAAAAAGUAAGAAGGGCUGUUUGACAUCUCUUCUUUUUUAUAUCACAUUGCCAGAUCAUUUUGUGUUAAUCAUUGUUAUUUAUUCUAAGCAGGUGUUAUUUUACUGAAGAGAACCCUCCUCACCCUGAUUCUGUGGAACUUCACAAAGUUAGCACUAAAUUCAAACUUUUACAUCAAACUGCGAUACCAUCUUUUCAAAAACUCCACCAAAAUUUUGAAAUGAAGUUGCAGCAUUUUUAGAAGAAUUUAACUAUAUGAAGAAAAAAGAUGUCUGUUUUUCCAGACACUCUGAGUUUAGAAUGCUAUGUAGUAUAUAAGACUUAGAAUUGAUAUAACAUGUAUUUACAGAGGUGUUUAUAAGCCUGUAUACUGUGGUAAUGAUAUUACAGUGAUGUUUUUGAAAGAAAAUAGCAUUGGCAGUUAUUCUAAACAGUUAUUUAAAAUCAUUUAAUAUAUAAUAUAAAGCAUUGGUAUAAGGUAGCAUAUAGCCUUAACUCUUGAGACAAAUCACUGGUAACAGUAAGGGUUUGAUAUGUGAUAAUACAAAUCACGGAUAUAAGGUAUAUCCCAGUCUUUAGACAAAUUACAGGUAAAACAUAGCAUAUAAGACUAUGUGAUAGAUAGCUGUAAACGAAGUAUAUGGAGGAUGGUAUCAUUAAGGCUUCCUACGAUAUUAGGUAUGUGUAGUAGUGAUUCAGUGAUUGACACACUCGUAGUUGAAGAAACUCUUUGUUAUUGUUAUCGUGUUGUUGCAUAAAUUAUCCAUUGUUAAACCCUUCAUUUCUAAUUGUUAUUAUUUUUCUGUGAUCUUUAAUUUGUAUGGAUGAAGUUGUGCCAGGCACUGAGUGGUAUGUCUGUUUAUGGAGAAGAAAGGUAACUUAUUAUAGGUAUUUACUAUAGAUGUUUACGACAGGUGGGUUGGGGGUUGGUGAGGAGUAUAUACUAAAUAGAGUUACUGAGGGGGUAUUUAAAGAAGAUACUAAGUGAGUGGUAUGUCUGUUUCCUAGAAGGUGUGGUCAAGUUAAUUUAUUGACAACCUAGAGGACUACUAAAAAUGGCUUCUAUAAUUAAUGUUAGUCUAGGCCUCCAGUUCAUUGUAGACUUGAGGUCGGCAUUGUUUCUUUUUAUCAUAUCACAUUCUACUUUUGAAAUUAUAUGUUGUGUGUAGAAGCACAAGAAGACAACAAAUUAAAAUCAUGUGAUUGAUCAGUAUCAUUUUAUGUAUGAAAUGUAAGAUUUUGGUAGUUUUUCUUGUGUGAGACACACUUACAUUACCACAUGUAGCAGUCCAAUUGAUAUGUUACCAAGCACAUGUACUGUUUUGUUAUUACUGCCAUUUUAACAAGUGCUAAAGCUUGUACACUGUAUGUCAGAAUGUUGAAGUGACCAGUGGCUGUAUGAAAUGGAACUGGAGUGACAGUGUGUUUGUUUGGGUCCGUCAGUAACUGGACUGGCUGUGUGUGUGUUUGGGGCCAUCAGUAACUGGAGUGGCUGUGUGUUUGUUUGGGUCCGUCAGUAAUUGGAGUGACAGUGUGUUUGUUUGGGUCCGUCAGUAACUGGAGUGGCUGUGUGUUUGUUUAGGUCCGUCAGUAACUGGACUGGCUGUGUGUUUGUUUAGGUCCGUCAGUAACUGGACUGGCUGUGUGUGUGUUUGGGUCCGUCAGUAACUGGACUGGCUGUGUGUGUGUUUGGGUCUGUCAGUAACUGGAGUGACAGUGUGUUUGUUUGGGUCCGUCAGUAAUUGGAGUGACAGUGUGUUUGUUUGGGUCCGUCAGUAACUGGACUGGCUGUGUGUUUGUUUAGGUCCGUCAGUAACUGGACUGGCUGUGUGUUUGUUUGGGUCCGUCAGUAACUGUACUGGCUGUGUGUGUGUUUGGGUCCGUCAGUAACUGGACUGGCUGUGUGUGUGUUUGGGUCUGUCAGUAACUGGAGUGACAGUGUGUUUAAUUCAUUAGUAAUUUCUAUGUUUGUGAGAUUUGACCAUUGUAUCCUUGUAGUGUGUGUGUCAAUGCACAUUUGUCACUACUGAGGUUGUGGUUGGGUGCCUGUACAAGGUGAAUAUGAAUCUAAAAAAAGUGCUAUGAUUGAGUUAAUUUGUUUUUGGUUCCCUAUUCAGCAUCUUUUUCUAUGUUAGAUUACACACGAGUCAAAAUGUGCUAUUUCUGAUUAAAUGGGUGAUCUGGAGUAUCAACAAAGCAAUGAAACAGUCAAGUGUUCACUUGUAUCAUCAGUUUAUAUUGUUUUAUAAAAUGUUAUUGAUAUUUGGUCAAUUCUAAGUAAAAAGAAUUAAAAAAAAAAAAUUGUUUUUGGAACUCUUCUCAGAUGGCCAAAGCUGCAACUAAAUUAAUUUUUCAAUUUUUUAAAAAGAAAAGUCGGCUUUGUUUUUGUUUUUUGUUUUUUUUAUGUUGAACUUUAUCUAAAAGUUCCAAAGUUGAAAAUUUACAUCCUACAAUUCAUAAAUUUGUACCUCCUUUAUGAAGAUAAAAAAUCCUGUAUGAAUAAAGAUAUACAUUGUUUGCUUUGGCAACCUGGUUGUGAGGUGUACGUUCAUAAAAUACUCUGUAUAACGCGUAUGAUAUUAGUUUUACUUCAGGCCCGAACACUUUCCAUCUUCUGACGACCAGUACAGUGGUUAAUCAAAUGUACUAUUGUCAGUCGUAUGUAUGACGAGCUUAUUCAGACCAGUCACAUGUGACAUUUGCAUUUAGACCUAGUACACAUGCGAAGGCGUAUUUUGACCAAACUGAAUCUAGGUCGCGAUAUUGUAUAUCAUCGUUUGUUACUAACGUGAUAUCAUUAUUUUCAUUUUUCUAUCCUCGUCUUCUUGCCAUUGUUGUCAUCAUUAUCAUUCCAACAAAAUAAAGAUCAUUUUCAGCAAUCAUUUUGUAAUUUUUCAUCAUUUCAUCAUCAGUCAUGUUAACAUGCUGCCUGAUGUGGUACUUGAAUGAAUGGUUAGUAGUUUUCCAUUUGCAAUCUAAAAGUUGUCCGUGGACAAGUGUUGGAAAAGGUAUGAUUUUCUGGACAGUGUUUAGGGCAACAGGAUUGCCACAUUGCACUCGGACCAAUUUUAUACUAUUAGGUGUAUGAACUUUGUACUGUAUGUAGUUAACAAUGUGAACUGAAUACUGUAUGAAUGUCCCACAGGGAACUGGAUAUUGUAUGUAGUUACCAUGGUGAACUGAGGGUCGUAUGUAGUUAUCAUGGAAACUAAGUACCAUAUUUUGUUACCACAGUGAACUAGGUACCUUACCUGAGUAGUUACCACAAGGAACGGGGUAUUGUACGUAUGUGAUUACCAUUAGUGAAUUGGGUUUCAUAUUUAGUUACCACAAGGAACUGGAUACCGUACAUAGUUACCAUGGUAAUCUGGGGGCUGUAUGUAGCCAACACAGUGAACUGGGUAGCUGAUGUUUGUACCAUAGUAUACUGGGUAACGUAUGACCACAGUGAACAAGGUCCGAUAUCUGUACCAAUCUCAAUCUGUGCUGCCAACAAUUGUUUUGGUUGUCGUAUAGAUGAGGGCUGCUUACUUCCCCUUGUCAGGUCUCCAUGGCUACUGUUAAACUAAUUACCAUAAUGUAUGUAUGGUAUGUAUUAUCAUUGUGAUAACUUUUACCACUGUUAAUCUAGAUUGUAAAUUAUGUAGAUUACUAACGUAAAUAAAACAAAUCCUGUAAUUUU